GGGGCGCGGGGCCCCGGCCCGGGGCUCCAGAUUUCCGACCCCCACCUCCCACCCCCUUGGUGGACUCGGACCGCUGAGAGCCGAGAGGCCAGAUGCUCGCGAGUCCUGGACAAGUGAAGUAACCCGCUGGGUGCGUCUUAGCCAGGCUGGCGGGACCAGGGCGGGUCUCUGGGCUCCCGAUUCCCAAUCUAGGGCUCUUGUCCACCACACCCCGGGUCUUCCCAGGGCGCCCCUGUACCCCGGGCAGGUGGGACUUUCAGGUGUGUGUGCGGGGCUGCCCCUCACCCCAGGCUCCUGGCACAGGGUGCAGGCUCAGCCAGCCUCUCAAAACCUGGCACCAGGCUCUCUUGGGCCCUCGCCCCCCAGAGAUGACUUCCUGGCAGCCGGCUUCCCAGUGAGGGUAGAGGGCAGGUGGGAAGGCAGGGGUGUCUUCGUCUUUUGUCAUCUCCUGCGUGGCCGGGGCGGGGCGCCUGCCCGGCCGUGUUGGAGAGGGGUUAGGACCUCUGAGCCCGCCGCUGGACGCACAGGUCCGUUGCUUGCUCCGCGCGCAGUGGUCCGUCGUGGCGCCGCUUCACCUGGUUUCCCUUUGUUGCCUCAGUUCUUCCUCUCAGACGCCUCAGAGCAAAGGAUUUGUGGCCCCUAAGAAAGAAAGUGAGAUAAGGAGGCCCCCUGGAGACCCUCAUUUCCCAGGGAAGUUCGGGGUGAGAUUAAUGGCAAGAGGGAAAACUGAAGUGCCAGGCUUACAUUCUCUUAACAACCCUCCGAGGUGUAUUUUUACCCCGUUUUACACAUGAGGAAGUGAAGCCCAGCCACGUUUCAGUACCUUGCCCUAGAAGUGGCAGACAGAAUUUGAAUCCAAGUUAGUCUAGCACCAAAACCGGUGCUCCGUUAACUGUGAAAGGCUUGUGAUUUAAGUGGGUGAAACUGUCAUCUUCAAGGUUCCAAGAGAGUUUCAGCUGGAAUUUCUCUUUCAAGUGACUUCUAUGUGACAGAAGCUUGCUAGGAGUGUUUAGGGGGAAACGAGAGUCCCAUGGGGUGAAGUGCGGCUAUCAAGUUGGAUUCUGCCUGUUAAUAAAAUUUUCUGGAAGUUGAAAUAAUGUUCACACCAAUGUCAGAAAAGGAGAUCACAUUUUGCCCUGUGUGUGGUUCUCUUCUGAGAACAGGAAGAGUGUGCAAAGGAUAUGAUAAACCCUUAUCUAGCAAGAACUUCCCUUCAGAAGGGCCCAUUUGGGGUGUCCCGCAAGAUACUAAAAUGGGUAAAGUCAUAGUCCCCUCCACUCCCCCUUAUGUCCCAGAGCAAAGGAUGAAAAGGAAGGAUUCCCAACAUCUUUUGGAGAAACAGCCUUUUACAUAGUGUCUUCAUGGCAUUUAUUUCUUCAGCAUAUCUAUACUGAGCAUAUGCCAAAUAUUGCUCUAGGUACUGGGGACAUGGUGGUGAAUAAAAAAUUAUAGUGCAUGCUCUCAGAGAGUUUAUAUUCUUGUGGGGAGAGGCAGGAAAUAAAUGAGAACAUAUCAGAUAGUAUAACAGAGAGAGAGACAUGGGUAGUCAGGGAAGGCUUCUCUGAGAUGACAUUCAGGCUUAGACUUGAAUGGCAAGGAGUCAGCUCUGCAAAGACUCAGAGGAAAAGCCUUGUAGACAGAAGGAACAGGAAGUGCAAAGUCCCUGAGGCAGCAAUGGGCAUGGUCAUUUUGAAGAAUAGCAAGGAAGCCACCAUGGUUGAGGAGAGCUGUUGAAGUGAGGUGGGAAUGGGGGGAGGGGCUGACUGUGGAUUCCUGUAGGCCCCAUGGGAAGGAUGCAGAAUUUUAUUCAAACUGCAAUGGCAAGCUGUUGGAGGGUUUUAAGCAGAGAUGAGACACGAUCAAAUUUAUGUUACACGACUGGAUAGGGAGUGGACAGUAGGGAACGAGAGCAGAAACAGGGAAGCCAUUUAGGAGGCCACUGAUCGAUUUGGUGGGGGGAUUGGGAAAGAGAAAUCAAGGGCUCCUAGGUUUGUGGCUUGAUCUGCUGAGUGGACAUGGAGGCCAUUUAAUGCAAUGAGGACAAUAGGGUUAGGAGUUGGGUUGGACAAUGGGUGGAAAUCAGGAGUUGUGUUUUGACCAUGCUUAGCUGAAAUGCCGGGUAGGCAACCAUGUGGGGCUGAGUAGGCAGUCGAAUAUUCCAGUCUGGAGUUCACUGGAUAGCUUAGGGCUUGUGAGAUACGCACACAUUUGGAGUCAUAAACAAUACUUUAUCUCAGUGAUGGGCUGGGAAACAGUCUCCCCAGGAAAAUAAAGAAAGCACCUCUGAUAUGUAGUGUUUGCUGAUAUCUGUGGUAUAAAUUCUCCACGGCUGAUUUCAGGCUGCCAGUGGUUCAGCGCUGGCAGAAAUCCUGAACGUUAAACUCCGCUCCUGGAGCAAAUAACACUCGGCUUCAUUUGCGCAUCAAAACAACUCUUGAAGUUGGCAGGAAUGUUCCAUUUGACAGACGCGGCUUAGAUUCAGUGAUCUAUUCAAGGUCACACAGGGAGUUGGUGGCAAAGUUGGGGGCCUCCUGACCCCCCCAGUUCCCUCUGGCUUGCUGACUCAAAGUAAAACAGACUGUAGCAGUAAGCACGGAGAGGGAAGUGUAAGGAAGAACUUCCACUGUGGAAUCUUUGAGAGGUCAUGGUUUAGGACUUUUUUUCCUCCUCUUUGCCUCACUUCCUUUUAAGAUGAUUUAGGGCAAAUCAGGACUGAGAGGUUACUGGAAAAGCCCUCCAGACAUAGGGACCUCAGGAUGCUUAUGGAGGUCAGGAGGGUGUGGGGAACUGUGUGUGUGUGUGUGUGUGUGUGUGUGUGUGUGUGUGUGUGCACGCGCGCAGAUGGGGGGCUUAGCUCCUGCGUCUCUCCCCAGGACAGCAGAGCUGGUCACCUCUCAUUCUGUACCAAGGUGUGCUAUGGCAUUGGGGGGAUCCCCAACCAGGUGGCCUCCAGCGCCACUGCCUUUUACCUGCAACUCUUCCUGCUUGAUGUGGCACAGAUCCCUGCUGCCCAGGUGUCACUUGUCCUGUUUGGAGGAAAGGUGUCUGGGGCAGCUGCUGACCCUGUGGCUGGGUUCUUCAUCAACAGAAGUAGGAGGACAGGGUCUGGACGACUCAUGCCCUGGGUGCUGGGCUGUACACCCUUCAUCACGACGGCCUACUUCCUCCUGUGGUUCCUGCCCCCCUUCACCAGCUUGCGGGGCCUCUGGUACACCACCUUCUACUCCCUGUUCCAGGCCCUGGCCACGUUCUUCCAGGUGCCCUACGCGGCGCUCACCAUGCUCCUGACCCCCUGCCCGAAGGAGCGGGACUCGGCCACCGCGUACCGGAUGACCAUGGAGAUGGCGGGGACGUUGAUGGGGGCCGCCGUCCACGGCCUCAUCGUGUCGGGCGCCCACGGGCCGCACAGGUGCGAGGACGCCACGCUCCCCGGACCGGUCGCCGUCUCUCCCGAUGCGACUCGUCUCUACUCCAUUGCCUCCGCUGUGGUUGCUGUGACCUACCCUGUGUGCAGUAGUUUGCUCUGCCUAGGGGUGAAGGAGCGACCAGGCUCCUCCGUCCCAGCCUCAGGCCCAGGCCCGAGCUUCCUGGCUGGGCUGGUGCUCACUGUCCGGCACCCACCUUACCUGAAGCUGGUCAUCUCCUUCCUGUUCAUCUCAGCAGCCAUUCAGGUGGAGCAGAGCUACCUGGUCCUGUUCUGUACACAUGCCUCCCGGCUACAUGAUCAUGUCCAGGGCGUGGUGCUAACCAUCCUGGUCUCAGCUGUGCUGAGCACGCCGCUGUGGGAAUGGGUUCUACAGCGAUUUGGGAAGAAGACAUCGGCCUUUGGGAUCUGUGUGAUGGUGCCUUUUGCAAUCCUGUUGGCUGCUGUGCCCACAGCACCUGUGGCAUAUGUGGUGGCCUUUGUAUCUGGCAUGAGCAUUUCUGUGUCCUUGCUGCUACCCUGGUCCAUGCUUCCAGAUGUGGUGGAUGACUUCCAGCUGCAGCACCAGCAUGGCCCAGGCCUGGAGACCAUCUUCUACUCAUCCUAUGUCUUCUUCUCCAAGCUUUCUGGCGCAGGCGCCCUGGGCAUCUCCACUCUCAGUCUGGAGUUUGCGGGGUAUGAGGCAGGAGCCUGCAAGCAGGCGGAGCAGGUGGUGGUGACCCUCAAGGUCCUCAUCGGCGCCGUGCCCACCUGCAUGAUCCUCACCGGUCUGUGCAUCCUCAUGGUCAGCCCCACUCCAAAGGUGCCCAGCCAGAACUCCUCCCGCCGGCUGAGCCUUCAGAGGCGGACCAGCUACACCCUUGCUUGAAGUCUGAGCUUGCGUGGGCUGGAACAGCAGGAGCCAGCAUCUUCUGGGCUCGACGUUCCUCUUUCUUCUCGGCCCCUUAGCAUACUUACUUCGAAGGUUACAUGUGACCCAUCUUUUCCCCUGGGAUAUGGAGUCUUCAGUGACAUCUCCUGAAGGGACCAGCCUGGUCUCCAGUUCCCUCAGCUGUCAUUUCUUGCCUGUUGACCACAGACCAGGUCAGAUAGGCCUGUGCCCCUGACCACCCAGCUCCAGGUAACCUUGACCUGGAAAGCAUCCCAAUAGCAGCUAUUCCUGGAAAAAGGAAGCCCACAACCUGCUCACCCAACAGGACAGACACACAGACCUCUUGUUCCUCCUAAUACUCCAGUAGACAUCGGAGAGAGAGGCUGACAGACAUCGCACGAAUGGGCAGAGUGGGGACAGAUGGACAUGCUGGGGAUGUCACGAAAAGAGACACAGACAGAUGCACUGAGGCCAACAGACCCCAGAGGGAGCACAUGGGGACAGCGGUGGGGUGAGGAGACUGAGCAGGCCACCAGAGGCGUUUCUCAAGCCUUUCUCUUUUGUUCAGAUAACACUGUUUCUGGAAAUGGACACAGGCCGAUAUGGAGCCAUCAAAGAUCAAUCAUUUUUAUGAACAAAAGUUCUUUUUGUGGAAAUAUUUUUUUGAAAUGGUAUCUUAUAAAAAGCACAGGGACCACAGUUUUCUAAAGGCCAUAUCUUUGAGGAAGAAAGAUCCACUGAGGUUUAUUUUUUCAAAAAAAAAAAUUAAAAGGUUUAUCUUCUAUUGAUUCUGUAAAA